AUGCCGCCUAAAAGGGGACAGAAGAUGGCGCUCAACGACUUCUUGGCCGACGAGUCCACCGGCAAGACCUCCUGGGCCGAUGAGAUGGACGAUCUUCCCAUCUCCUCUGCUCCUCGCGACUCCAGCUACCGUCGCGGCGGUGACUUCCUCUCCAGCGUUCCCGAUCGUGUCGAUCGUGAUCGCGCCUACGGUGCCGACCGUGGCUUUGAACGUCCCGAGCGAAGCUACCCGCCUCGCGAAGAGCAUCCUAUCCCCGACAAGCCCCCCUUCACCGCCUUCGUUGGCAACCUCUCCUUCGACGUCAUGGAGGCCGACGUAGAAAACUUUUUCGCUCCCUCCAAGGCCGUCAGUAUCCGCAUCGUCACUGGACACGACGGAAAGCCUAAGGGUUUCGGCUACGUCGAAUUUCAGUCUCAGGACGACCUCCGAGCUGCUCUCGACCGUACCGGUACGCAGCUCGCCAGCAGAACCGUCCGUAUCAGCGUUGCCGAGCCACCUAAGAGUGCCUUCGGCGGCGACCGCCCCAUGCAGUCCAGCCAGGCUGAUGAUGCCUCUCAGUGGCGCCGCGCUGGCCCGCUGCCUCCUGCAGAGCCUCGCGGUGGCUUUGCUCCUCGCCCCGAGCGGUCUGGUGUACCUCGUACCGAAGGCUCCGGCUUUGACAACAUGGAUGUCAGCGGUGGCGUUCGAAGCGGUUUUGGUGCCAAAUUCCAGUCCGCACCCCCUUCCAACCGCCCUCCACGCGAUCUCGCCCCGGCGGAACCCAGCCAGGGCGACCUUGCCAGCCAGUGGAGGACAGGCAAGCCUGUAGAGGGCCGUUCCCCUGCCAACUCGCGCCGUCCCUCUGGCAUGGCUGACUCGGACUCGCGACGAUCCUCCUUCCGUCACCGCAACGAUGCCAACGAUGUCGACGAUCGUUUUGCAUCUCAAGAACGCAUGGGCUUUGGCUCCAAGUUCACGCCUGACCAGACUCCCCCCGAGAGCCCCGGCAACGCCAAGAAGGGCUUUGGCUUCGGUGCCGCCGAGCGACGUACCAGUGGUCAACCUCCCGCUGCAGCCACCGCCUCUGAAUCCACCGACAACUGGCGUACUGCCAAGAAGCCCAGCUCGAACUCGUCCAGCCCUGCUCCAUCCGCUACGGCUCCCGCGGAGCGCAAGAAGCUUGACCUCAAGCCUCGCUCCGCUGAGAGCGCUGCCGCUGCUGCCGCUUCAAGCAACAGCUCCAAGCCCAACCCAUUCGGCAAUGCCAAGCCCGUUGACGCCUCUGAGCGUGAGCGACAGAUCGAGGAGAAGCUCCAUCAACGUGAAAAGGAGAGGCAAGAGGAACUCAAGGCCAAGAAGGAGAAAGCAAAGGCUGAGAAGGAGAAGAGGGACAAAGCUGAUGCGACUGGUGCCACCGACAAAGCACAGUCCGACGCCGCAGAGACGUCUUCCCCCGUUGCAGAGAAUACUGCACCUGCGGUUACUAUCGAGGCCCGUGCCGCGCCACCUACAGGUGCUUGGGGCGGAGGACGCAAGCCUUCUGGUGCGCUCGUCGGUGGUGAGCAGAGCUCAGCUGAUGCAUCCGCUGCUGGCGACGAAAAGGCCGCCGAUGCUCAGGUAGACGAGGUGGCUGAGAAGGUUCAAGAGGCCAAGAUCGAGGCUUGA